CAGGAAGGAGGAGUCAGAAAAAAAAAAAUUUCCCUUCGUUGCAGUGCUUAUAAAUUAAGCCUAGCCCCGCCUUUGAGCAAAAAAAAGAGGAAGAUAUCGCAUUGCGACUGGCGCAUGGCACUUUCUGAACCACGAAAUAACCGCCGUCUCUAGCCUUCCACUGUCUUGUCACCCUCCCCAAUCCCUCUCCCUCUUAAUCCUCGCUCCGUUGUCGCUGCUCUCAGCUGUCGCUAUUGCUGCUGUCGCUGCUGCUGUCAACUCCGCAACUUGACUCUUUAAACUUCUAGCUGGAGAAUGGAAACUCAAACCAACGUCUUGGCGUCGCGCCAGUCCGGGCGGAGCUCCGAGAGCAGCUCGCUGGACGCCGUUGAGAAGCAGAAGCUUGCCAACAAGGAGUUCCCUUCGACCCGUCCGGAUCUUCACAAUUCAGCGUCUCCCAAGCGAUGGAAGACCUUUUGGAAGGCGUUUCGCUAUCUGAACAAUCUGACGCCCAAGCAGGUCGAUGACUUCAUGGCAUCCUACGUCAUCUACAACCUGGACUGGUCGGAUGAGAAACAGAUGGUUGAGACGCUGGGACCGGACUAUCAGGCGAAGGUGGGCGACUGUCUCAAGGCAUACUAUGGGGUGCUCAACCACCUGUGCGCGCUGGGCGACGUCGAGAAGAUGUACAUCCCCCCGUUCAUGAGCAAAAAGGCGACCGUGCUGGAGAACCAGCUGCUGUACGAGGAGUCAAUUGCGCAGGACAUUGGCCUCACCGCCGGCGAUCACGUGUUGGAUCUCGGUUGCGGGCGCGGAAGAGUCGCCGCGCACAUGACGCAAUACUCCGGCGCGCAUGUCACGGGACUGAACAUCGAUCCCAACCAGAUCGCCCAGGCUCGCGCGUACAACGAGAAGCUCGGCUUCUCCAACAACAACUUUGUCGUCCAGGACUUCAACACCUUGCCCCUUCCCUUUGAAGACGCCAGUUUCGAUGCCUUCUACCAGAUCCAAGCCCUCAGUCUGUGCAAGGAUCUCCCGGCCCUCUUCCGCGAAAUCUACCGCGUCGUCAAGCCCGGUGCCAAGAUCUCCCUCCUCGAUUGGGCUAGCCUGCCCGACUACGAUCCGAGCAACCCCGAGCAUGCCGAACUCAUGCGUCGCGUCAAGCCUCUCAUCGGCGCCGUGGGCACUCCCACCCCCGAGAGCCUCGAGAAGGCCCUGACCGAGGCGGGAUUUACCGUCGUUCGAUCGGAUAACGCCAGUGUCGGAGGCCUGCAGGCGCCGCUGAUCGACAAGGUCGACUUUUACUUCCGCUCCAUGCGCCAGGUCAUUCUGGGGCUCGUUAAGACCCACGUGUUGCCCCGCCACUUUAAGACCCUGAUCAACCGCUUGUGUCUCGAUGGCGAGGCCUUUAUCAAGAUGGACACCAUGCGACUGGUGACGACGAGUUACCGCAUCAUCGCUCAGAAGCCCCUUCAAUAAAUAUGUGCUGGAGGACAGGGCUGGGAUUGGUCAUUGGUUCGAUAACGAGGAUUGCCUCGCGAACGGGUGUGCGCAGCGGAACUACUACUGCGCGACAUCACCUCGUGGCUAUGGCGGAGGCAAGGCUACGACUACCGGUUGGAUGAGUUCGGCCCGUACGACAAUCGCGACUGGACAUCAUAGAUAUAAUGGUUUGCCUCCACGGUAUUGCCCAUCGUGGGCAUGUCACUCUACU